AUGACUGAUUUCGUUCAGAUCGUCAAGCACUUUGAUAUAAAGGGAGGUAUCAAAGAAGUUGUACCAUUUGGUGCAGGCCUUAUUAAUACAACAUAUAGAGUUGUUAACACAGAUUCAAAUUGUCCAGAUUAUAUCCUUCAGAAGAUCAAUAAUGCCAUCUUCAAAGAUGUUGAUUUGUUGCAAAAGAACAUUGAAUUAGUCACUAAUCACAUCAGAUCUAAGUUGGUUGCAUCUGGCGAGACUGAUAUCGACAGAAAGAUCUUACAAUUCGUUAAAUGUGAUACAGGAAAGACAUAUUACAAUGGCCCAGAAGGAUAUUGGCGUGUCUCUGUUCUCAUCCCAAGAUCAAAGACACUUGAAGUUGUUAACGCUCAGUAUUCUGAAGUCGCUGGCGUUGCAUUCGGAAAGUUCCAGGCUAUGUUAUCCGAUCUCGGCUGUGAACUUGAAGAGUCAAUUCCAUUAUUCCAUAAUAUGGAAUUCAGACUUCAACAAUUGCGUGAUGCCGUUAAGGAAAACAAGGCCGGCAGAUUAGAUGAAGUCAAGUAUUAUGUUGACGAGCUCGAAAAGAGGGCUGAUGAGAUGUGCAAAGCCGAAAAAUUACAUAGAGAAGGAAAGCUUCCAAAGCGUGUUUGCCAUUGCGACACAAAGGUGAACAACAUCCUUUUCGAUGAGGAUGGCUCAGUUCUUUGCGUUAUCGACCUUGAUACAGUUAUGUCAAGCUAUAUCUUCUCUGACGUUGGAGACUUCUUAAGAUAUGCUGCCAACACAGGUGCAGAAGAUGAUAAGAACCUUGACAAUGUUAACUUCAACAUGGAAAUCUUCAAAGCCUUCAUUAAAGGAUAUUUGAGCUCCGCCAAAUCAUUCCUUCUUCCAAUCGAAAUCGAAAAUCUCCCAUACGCUGCUGCUUUAUUCCCUUAUAUGCAGACAGUCAGAUUCUUGGCUGACUACAUUAAUGGGGAUACUUACUACAAGAUUAAGUAUCCAGAUCACAACUUAGUCCGCACAAAGGCACAGUUCAAACUCUUACAAAGUGUUGAAGCUCACAUGCAAGAAAUGAAGGACUUCAUCGCUUCAUUAUAA